AUGAAAUAAUCCUAAGUUAACAAAUUUUUCACAAAUUUAGCAGGACACCAAUUAAUUUCUAAUGUGGCUUCUCCUACUACGACUGCUCCUAGUAAACAUAACAAAAAUGUAAGUUCAAUAAUUUCUAAUGGGAAUAAAUAUUUAGUUUACUCUAAACGUACAUCUCGUCUUCUUUUAGACUCUAGUAAUAAACUUCCACUUUUAACAACUGUUUUAAAAACAGAAACCUAGGAUACUCCAAAAACUGCAAAAGUUAAAAUAAGAAAAGCAAGUGGUAAUUCAGGAGACUUUCGCAUUAUACAUUAACAUUAAAGAAAUAAAACUGAGACUCUUAUUAUUAAUAAUAACAUCAAUUAUCCUAAAGUAGAUUCUCCUAAAGAACAAUUUGAAGAUGUACAACAAAUAAAUACAUAACAAAACAUAUAAGAUGCAGUCACUAUUCCAACAUUACAAGAGCAUUUAAUUGAAAGUCAGUAGAUAUCUCUAACUUCAAGUAGAAGUGAAAAUAUUACUUAAUAAAUAUAACCAAAAGUUCAUUGCGUUUAAGUUUUAGGUGAAGCUUAUCAAUUCUCUAAAAUUACAAAUAUAUAACCUAAAAUCAAAAGAAUUUAGAUUCAAUAACAAAUUUCAGAAAUGGAAUCAUUAAAUGAAAAAAGCUGUCAUCUUUUGAGAAAAUUAAGAUAAAUGCUUCAUACUCAUAGGGAUAAAGAAAAAUUAUUGGAGUUGGAAAUUAAAAAGAAAAAGGAAUCUUUAGUUGAUCGAUAAUUUUCAAAAACAUUAAGUAAUAUGCCAGAUGAAAAAACACCAAAAGCUAUUGAAUCAAAAUUUAAUUUUAAAUUAAGCACUAUUAACAAAAAAUAAACCAAAAUUCAUCCUAAUUAUAGUAUUUAAGAUACUGAAUCUAUUCUACCUAUAAAGACUAUUGUUGAUGCACUUAAGGAAAAGAAAGAUGACAAAAAAGAUAAACCUAAAAUUGAAAAAUCUUAAAUCAUUUAGAAAGUUCCCAAAAAAAAUAUAAAAGUUACUGUUGCUUUUGAAGAAGAUGAAAAACAAAUAGAAUUUUAAAUGCCACAUUAUAUGGAUGAAGUUUAAUAAAUUUAAGAACCUUAGACAGAACUAAAAGAAAAUAAAUAAUCUAAUAUUUAUUCUUUAGUUAGUAAAUCUAUGUUGCAAAAGUAAACAUAUUAAAUAUAUUUAUAGUAAAUUUGCAUUGAGAUUAGUCCAAAAGUUUGGAGAUAAAGUUAUUAAAACUUAAAAAGAUAAUGAUGCAAUUGAAAACUUUAAUUCUUUUAAAGCCUCUUAAUUUACAAGAUAUUAUUUAUAAAAUCAUACUUAAAAAUGUUUGGAGAUUAAAUAUGAACCUUAAUAAGAAAAAGAAGAAAUUUAAUCUCUUUCAAAAUUUAGCUUUUUAAAUAGGAAUUUUUAUUCUGAAACAUUUCAAGAAAUUUAAAGCAAAAGCACCUAAUAACUUGCAUAGUUAAAUGUAAUUAUUUUUUGAAUUUAAGAAAGAUUAAUAUAAAAAAUAAUGUGAAAUAGAGACUAACUUUUAUAAUGUAGAAUAGAAUUAUGAAGGUCAUAUUAGUGAUAAUAGUCUUUUAAGUCCAAAUACAUCUUAAUUAGAUUUUAGUGAUAUAGAAAUGUAAACUUAAUUUAAAAUAAAUUACAUUUAUUACAUGUUAAAUUUAAUAUCCACAAAUGAUUUAAAAUAAAUAAAAUUAAGAAUGAUUGUCAAUACUGUGGAUGAUGAAACUAAAAAUUAAUUUUUACAUGAAGAACUCUUGAGAUUUCCAGAAAUUAUUAAUUUAGUGAUUGAAGUUGAGAAUGAUUCUGAAAACCAUUGUAUAUUAUUUAUAAUUAAAUAGAGAAUUAUAGAUUCUUAAUAAUUUAGAAUAAGAAUUAUUAAAAGUUGAUUAAAAAAACAUUUAAAUAAAAUUUUCAAAUAAAUUCAAUUAAAUCUUAACAGGUUUAUUUGAAGAUUAUCGAAAUCAUUAAGUUUCCUCAAUGGAAAGAAUAUAUGUUGAAUAUUGUAAGACUUUAAAUGAUUUGGAUUCAGCAAAAAAUAAUGAUAGAUAAUUUACAAAUUUAAAUAUUCCAUAAAAUUCAAGAAGUAGACUAGCUUCACCAAUAGGAUCAGUAUCAUAUAUUUUUUAUUUCAGAAUGAAUCAAAAUUUACUGGAAAAGAGAUAAAUCCAUAAUUUCCAAAAGUAAUGAUGCUAAAAAAGAAUUAGAAAUAAAAGAAUUUACUAGCAACUCAGAAAUGUUCUUCAAUUUAAAAUAUAAAAUGCUAAAGCUCUAGUAAUUUAUAAACUUUGUUGCAUACAAAUACAAAUUCAAAUCAUACUAUAUAAUCAAAUCAUAAUAUACAUUCAAAUCAUAAUAUAUAUUCAAAUCAUAAUAUUCAAUAAUUAUAAAACUCUUAAAGAAUAUAUCAAAAAGAAUCCGAAAAUUAAACAAAAUCAAAGAGUUCUUAGAGAUAAAUUUCAAUUAAAUCUAAUUUGAUUACAUAAUAAUCAAUGGAUCCUUCUUCUCUAUUAUUUAGAAGUAUGUUAUUAUAAGAAAGUUAAUAAAAUGAUAAAUCGAAUAUUGAAAGGGCAUUUUCUUUAAUAGAAGAUCAUAGAUUGUAAGAUUUGAAAGAUUUAUUGAAUCAUGAUUAGAAUAUCAAUAUAAAUAUUAAAAAUUAGAAUGGGAAUACAUUUUUAAUUUAAGCAGCAAGAACAGGAGCAUAUGAUAUAAUUUAAUUCCUUCUUCGUUAAGGAGCAGAGAUUUCAAUAAAGAAUGUAAUAGAUAUAAAUAUAAGAUAGAAUGAUGGUUUAAAUGCUAUUUAGAUGGCAAUAAUUCAUUUAUAAUUUGAAGCAGCAGAUGAAAUUAAUAGAUUUAGUAGAUCAAAUUCUUUCAUAUCCCAUUAUUGA